AAUUUCUAUAACCAUUAUUAUCCAAUUUUAUUUUCCGCCACUAUUAACGUGUAUCCUCCAAAAUCCACACACCCUAACGUUAACCCCAAGCCAAACCCCCCCCCCCCCCCAAAAAAAAAAAACACCACAAUCUCCAUUAGUACUCUCAAUGACUAUGAGCAAUAUGCUUCCAUUCGGCAACUACAACGUCUCCUCACGAACCAAGAGGGACCCAAAAAACAGUAACAGCAACAAGAGGAGGAGGAAGAAGCGGCGGCCGGCGGCGAAAGUGGUCGGAGGCGGAGGAGGGGACGAUUUGGCGGCGGUGAAGGCGGCGGCAUGGGCGUGGUACCAAAGGAACGAAGGGAAACCGAUGACGAGAGAGUUCGAUCUCUCUAAAGCCUCUUCUAGAAUCACUCCUCGUCCGUCCAGGUACAAGCUCGAAGCCACCAAGAACAUGAUCCUGUCGGAAAACAGGGUUUCAAAAUCAUCACUUUGUCCAACGGCAAGCAUUUACCAUGAUCAUGACUAUGGCGAUGAUGGUCAUGGUUUCGUGGAGAGGGAGUUUUCACAUGAUGAUCAUAGAAGCCAUGGUAAAGUCAAUGGCUUUGUGAAAAAAGUGAACAAGGGAAAGUUAUGGGGAAGGCUUAUGUUGAUGGGUCCGGCCACGGUUUGCGGCAGAAGUGAUGACGUCGAUUUACGAGCUUCUCGGUCCGGACGGAAAACGGGAAAGGUGGCGGCAGCGGCGGCGGCCGUAGCUCUCGUUAGGUCAACGGCUCGUGGCAAGUGACAUAUUCUCCAAACCACUGCCUCUGUACAUGUUCUUCAGACAAAAAGGUGGAAGAGAGAAAGGAAGAAUAAACAUUGCUUUUUACCAAAAAAUACAGAAUAAACAUUGCUUUAGAACCGACUACAUAAUUAUUGAUAUAAUGAUGGAUAUUUAGGGUCUUGUUAUGUCUAUUUCUGGUUAUUUUUUAGCUUUAACUUUUCAAAUUUAUAAAAUUUAUAAUUAAUCAAUUUUAUUAUAUCCA